AUGUGCUCGCAGUACACAUUUGAUUCCACAGACUACUGGGGGUGCGUCGUUAAAGGGAGACCCAUAAACGGGCACCAUAUAUCCGGGACGUGUAAGAUGGGAUCAGCGAGCGACAUCACGGCAGUGGUGGACCCACAGCUCAGGGUGCGUCACAUCCAAGGACUCAGGGUCGCUGAUGCUUCCAUUAUGCCGUACGUCACAUCCGGGAA